CAUUAAAUUAUGGCCCUUAAGAAAAUUUCAGUUUUGUUCUUCAGCUUACCAGUUUCAAAAUGUCUCGAAGAGUUCUCAACUUGCUAUUGUUCCAAGAAAGAAGGUUUCAUGUUGAAAGACUUGAUGUUGGAACUAAAGUGUGGCAAAGACAUAUCUCUUCAAAUAUACAGAAUGAGGUUGGAAGGUGGAAUCCUGAUAUCCCCGUAGAGGAAGCAACUACCCCGCCUUCCUCCUGGUUUAUCAAUUCAGAUAUUUACACCCUAGAGAAACAGGCUGUAUUCGCCAGAUCUUGGAUUUGUGUUGGCAGAAGAGAUCAAGUUCAAAAUACAGGAGAUUAUUUCUCAGGAAUGGUAGGUGAUGAACCCUAUAUAGUGGUUAGAGAUGGAGAUAAAUUAAGGGAAAAUAUUGGAAACUAG